AUGGCGAGUGUCCUUGGCAACAUGGGAACAGCUGAGAGAGGAGUCAAGAUGGCGGCUUUGGGUGGAAGGCACAGCGCAUCGCCUCCACUAUUUUCCUCUUUACCGGGCCAGGACGCCAUUAAAUCGUUGUAUCCCAUGGUGAACGAGGAGGAGACGCCCUUGCCCCGCUGCUGGAGUAGUAAAGACAAGUACAGCUUCAUUGGAUUGUCUCAAAACAACCUCAGAGUUCACUACAAGGGUCACGGCAAGAACCACAAGGAUGCGGCCAGCGUGAGGGCGACCCACCCCAUCCCGGCCGCUUGUGGACUGUACUAUUAUGAAGUGAAGAUUGUCAGCAAAGGACGAGAUGGGUACAUGGGCAUUGGUUUGUCAUCUCAAGGCGUCAACAUGAACAGAUUACCAGGCUGGGAUAAGAAUUCGUUCGGGUAUCACGGCGAUGACGGCCACUCCUUUUGUUCCUCCGGCAGCGGCCACCCGUACGGCCCCACCUUCACCACAGGUGACGUGAUUGGGUGUGGCAUCAACCUCAUCGAUAACGUUUGCUUCUACACCAAGAACGGACAUUACCUUGGGGUGGCCUUCACUGACCUGCCUUCCCAGCUCUACCCUACAGUGGGGCUACAAACUCCUGGUGAAGUGGUGGACGCGAAUUUUGGACAGUCACCAUUCAUAUUUGACAUUGGUGAGAUGAUGAGAGAGUUGCAGAGUCGCGUGAGAAACACCAUUCAGUCCUUCCCUGUGCCGGACACCCAUGGACAGUGGCAGAGCAUGUUGCAUAGGAUGGUGUCGACCUACCUGGUGCAUCAUGGGUACUGCGCCACAGCAGAGGCCUUCGCCCGCUCCACAGCACAAGACUUUGACGAAGAGCUCACCUCCAUCAGGAACAGACAGAAGAUCCAGAAGCUAGUGUUGAGUGGGCGGAUGGGUGAGGCAAUUGACACAGUGCACCAGCUCUAUCCUGGACUGCUGGAGAACAACAAAAACCUGCUCUUUAUGCUCAAGGUGAGGCAGUUUAUCGAGAUGGUGAACGGAACAGACACAGAAUCUUCUUCCUCCUCCUCUUCCUCCUCCUCCUCAAAUAUGCAGGACAGUGACACGGAGAUGGAGUGUGUGGAGCCGUCAGCCGCCACAGCUGCCGCCGCUGCUGCCGCCGCCGCCGCUGCCGCACACUCUAAUGGUUUUGCUAAUGGGUUCGAUAAGCAUUUAGAAGAAGAAGAGGAGGAGGAGGAGGAGGAGGAGGAAGAAGAGGAGGCGAUGGACAUAGAACACGGGGGCAGUCGAGGCAGCAGCGGCGGCGGCAGGAAGAUGUGUGGGGGCAGUCCAGCGGCCAUUGAGAGGAUGCUGAGGUUUGGGCGAGAGGUGCAGCACAUGAGCCAGGUUCUAAAGGUCCAUCUCGGCAAGAGUGACCAGAAUAAGAAGAUGCUGCAGGACGCGUUCAGCCUGCUUGCCUACAAUGACCCUUGGAGCAGCCCGGUAGGGUGGCAGCUUGACCCACUACAGAGAGAACCUGUCUGCCAGUCACUCAACUCAGCCAUACUAGAGUCCCACCAGUUGCCCCGCCGCCCCCCGCUGGAAAUCUGCGUGGCCCACACUAAGCAGCUUUUGACCCUGAUGUCCCGGUCUGGCCUGGGGUCGUGUGCCUUCUCCAGUGUGGACCAGGUGUUAGGGGGAUCGCCACUCCCCCCUGCCCAACCCUCCACUGCCGCCGCCACCACCACCACCGCCGCCAAUGCCCUCCACCACCACCACCACCACUACCACCACCACCACCACCGCCACAUUCAUGAACAGUGAUAUAGACUAGUAUAAGAUUAUUAAUAUUAUUAUUAUUAUUAUUAUUAUUAUUAUUAUUAUUUAUUUGUAUUUUUGUGUUUUUUUGGUUUUAUUUGAAUAUUUGUGGUGUUUUAUUGAGAUUUUUGGAUUUUUGGUUUAAUUUCAAUAUUUUUUGGUGUUUUUUUUUGUUAUAUAUGGUAAUUCUUCUAUUAUCAGGUGUUUUAUUCAAUUAUUUCCAUUUGUUUUUUUUUGGCAAAAUUUUAUCAUUUACGUUUUCUUUC